AUGGCCAACAACCCAAGUAAAGUUGGCCGAGAAGGAGCCGCACCCGAGACACUUAACGAGCAGGCCGAUAUCAGGGUCCACAAACCCGUCCGUAUGGAUUGGUUCGACGCACGAACCAAUCUAUUAGCCAAACAGCUCUACUCUCCGCUACUGGGUGAUUUGAGCACAUUAUUGGAGUGGUAUUUGUUGGACGAUUGUUCGCCCUUUCCUCGACCGCGUACUCCAUCCCCGGGGCGUCUGUUUCUUGAGCACGCCAUCAUCACUAAGAUCUAUAAGAUUGUGAUUCAGAAACGGGAAGAGAAGAAGAUUUUUGAGGCUAAGGUCAGGGAGACGCUCGGGCUAGACAAGGGAGAUACCCCCGUCGACAACACCGCGUACACAAAUGGUGUCAGGAGACUCGUCGAGAUGACGAUACAAUAUGCCCUCGAUGUCAAGCUGGAGAUGCAAAGAAUUUCACAUUUGCUCCGAGGCGUCACUAGCAGUGGCCCGACAGCUGAUGUGAUUUUCGAGUAA